AGGAAAGGGAAUGCUGCUUUGUUUUCCUUCUGCUGACUGUGACAGCCAAAGUCAGCUAGCUACGCUAGUCAGCCAGCUGGCUAACAAAGUUGUUCAUUAAACGUUCUUUGAUAUUAAAAGUGCACGAGGACAACUGAAAAUGGAGAGCGACUCAGGUAACUAAGCAAACUCAAUUUCAUAUGGACCUUCUCAGCAAGUAAGUUGGUCAACGUAGCCAGCUAUCUAGCUAGAUGAGGCAGGUAAACUUUCCUAAUGCUAAAAAGCUAGCCAGCCAACGUUAGCUAGCGUGUAGCUAAAACUGAGCCAAUUGUCGUUGUUAUUGUUAGAAAACUUCCCUUACUCUUUGAGUUCCAUGACAUUGAAUAGCAACAGUAACUUGAUAGCUGAAGUUAUGUUUUGAUAGUUGUAAUUGUUGAGGUGUGGUUUUUCAUGUGUACCUGACUGUUGUAAUGACUGUAUGGCUACACCACUUCCUGUGCAUUCACAGCUAAAUUAUUUAGUGAGUUCAAUUAUGAUAUUAAUACAGUGUAUUGCAUUCAAGUAUUGCUCUUUAAAACACACAUUUUACUCUCACUUCAUGAACUUGAACCCCCAGCCUCUUUCCCCAAAACCCAUGUUUUUACCAUAUUUCUCUCUGACAGUGUUCUACACUGACCGUCUGGGAGCACCACGUAACCCACUACUGGACCAGCUCCCCAGCUACCAGUCUCUGCUGUACCGGAGAAAGCCCUCCGCCUCGGGCAGUACCAAGCGCCGUGGCAGCUCACGGACCAGGGUGGGCUCCUCCAACAGCGGGAAAUGGGGACAGACCACAGUGGCCAGACAGCAUGAGGAGAAACUCAGGACUCAGACCAUACAGAGACCGGUCAGGGAACUGCCCAAAUCUAUGGCGGAGAAACGCAGAGAUAAGUGAGAUCUCUGACAUAUAAUACAGUGGCUUGCGAAAGUAUUCAUCCCCCUUGGCAUUUUUCCUAUUUUGUUGCCUUACAAUCUGGAAUUAAAAUGGAUUUUUGGGGGGUUUGUAUCAUUUGAUUUACACAACAUGCCAACCACUUUGAAGAUGCAAAAUAUUUAUUAAUGUGAAACAAACAACAAAUAAGACAAAAAAACAGAACUUGAGCAUGCAUAUCUAUUUACCCCCCCCCCCCCCCCCCCCCAAAGUCAAUACUUUGUAGAUCCACCGUUUGCAGCAAUUAAAGCUGCAAGUCUCUUGGGGUAUGUCUCUAUAAGCUUGGCACAUCUAGCCACUGGGAUUUUUGCCCAUUCUUCAAGGCAAAACUGCUCCAGCUCCUUCAUGUUGGAUGGGUUCCGCUGAUGUACAGCAAUCUUUAAGUCAUACCACAGAUUCUCAAUUGGAUUGAGGUCUGGGCUUUGACUAGGCCAUUCCAAGACAUUUAAAAGUUGUACCUUAAACCACUAUAAAUAAAUACACCAUUAAAUAAUUACUUAAAUGUGUCAUUAAUUAAUUCAAAUUAGAAUUAAAUACAUAAAUGUGUUAUUAAAUGUGUCAUUAAUUAAUUCAAAUACCGAUUCAUUUUAUGUAAAAUACAUAUAUAAUAAUUUCACUAUUUACAUUUACAUUUCAUGGUCCUGCGUUGGAGUGCUUCCUGAAUUACUUAAAACUGUCAAACUGACCCAUCAAAAGUUGGUAGGCGGAACCUAACGCCUGAUUGGUUACCCUCUGCAUCAAGCCAAGACAAAUCAAUUCCGGAUAAUGUCAGCAGGUCCUGCUUCUACAUCCUCUGCUAAGUUUAAAAUGUCUCUAACCAACUCCCUGGAAAGUUCACGGAGAUCCUCCAUUGUCUCUAUCCAGGUUGGCCUACUCUACUUCAGACCAAAGCAAUGGAUCAGACUAGAUUCGCGUUAGCCCCGCCCACUGACUUUGAUGGGUCAGUUUGACAGUUUUAAGUAAUUCAUGAAUGUUGCUUUAGCAGUAUGCUUAGGGUCAUUGUCCUGCUGGAAGGUGAACCUCCAUCCCAGUCUCACAUCUCUGGAAGACUGAAACAGGUUUCCCUCAAGAAUUUCCCUGUAUUUAGCUCCAUCCAUCAUUCCUUCAAUUCUGACCAGUUUCCCAGUCCCUGCCGAUGAAAAACAUCCCCACAGCAUUAUGCUGCCACCACCAUGCUUCACUGUGGGGAUGGUGUUCUUUGGAUGAUGAGAGGUGUUGGGUUUGCGCCACACAUAGCGUUUUCCUUGAUGGCCAAAAAGCUAAAUUUUAGUCUCAUCUGACCAGAGUACCUUCUUCCAUAUGUUUGGGGACUCUCCCACAUGCCGUUUGGCGCACACCAAACGUGUUUGCUUAUUUAUUUCUUUAAGCAUUGGCUUUUGUCUGGCCACUCUUCCGUAAAGCCCAGCUCUGUGGAGUGUACGGCUUAAAGUGGUCCUAUGGACAGAUACUCCAAUCUCCGCUGUGGAGCUUUGCAGCUCCUUCAGGGUUAUCUUUGGUCUCUUUGUUGCCUCUCUGAUGAAUGCCCUCCUUGCCUGGUCUGUGAGUUUUGGUGGGCGUCCCUCUCUUGGCAGGUUUGUUGUGGUGCCAUAUUCUUUCCAUUUUUAAAUAAUGGAUUUAAUGGUGCUCCGUGGGAUGUUCAAAGUUUCAGAUAUUUUUUUAUAACCCAACCCUGAUCUGUACUUCUCCACAACUUUGUCCCUGACCUGUUUAGCGAGCUCCUUGGUCUUCAUGGUGCCCUUUGCUUAGUGGUGUUGCAGAUUGCACACAGGUGGACUUUAUUUAACUAAUUAUGUGACUCCUGAAGGUAAUUGGUUGCACCAGAUCUUAUUUAGGGGCAUCAUAGCAAAGGGGGUAAAUACAUAUGCAUGCACCACUUUUCCGUUAUUAAUUUUUUAGAAUUUUUUGAAACAAGUUAUUUUGUCAUUUCACUUCACCAAUUUGGACUAUUUUGUGUAUGUCUAUUACAUGAAAUCCAAAUAAAAAUCCAUUUAAAUUACAGGUAGGACAAGAUAGGAAAAACGCCAAGGGGGAUGAAUACUUUUGCAAGGCACUGUAUGUCAUCAUACAGUGUUAUACUGGUGUAACAUGUAUUGUAAAUAUAAUAUGAAAAGGGUUGCACUGUAUAAUAAAAACAUAUGUAUACUAUGUAACUGUAUAAAUUACAGGACAUCAGAGAUUUGUAUGUUUUUAACUGAGUCUUACUGUGUUGAAAUAAUUGGUUAUCUGCCUUCAUUGCCUUCACUCACUGUAGGGGCCAGCAGUGUAUAGUUAUUGCUGGGCAGGCAGCAUUUCAUUAUCUCGUAUCAAUUUGAGACAUUACAGGAAGAAAAAAAUGUUAUGCACUCACUAACUGUAAGUCGCUCUGGAUAAGAGUGUCUGCUAAAUGACUAAAAUAUAAAUAUAAAAUAUAAAUAUAAAAUAUUAGUGAAGGAAUGCUCUCUGAAUCUCUCCCAGAUAUGGGACUUCUCAAGCCUUAGGCCAAUAACAGAGCACAACAUUCACUACAAGUAGGCUACAAUUUUAUGAACAUAACCAUCGGGGCUAGAGAUGGUUAUGUUCAUGGAGGACACUAUAUUGAGUUUCUGUCAAAGCUCUCUUGGUGGAUCCUGGUGUGAUGUUAGCAUUCUUGAAAAAGGCUUAGUAUGUAAACAUUGACUGACUGAUUGAUUGCUUAAUAUAUUGACUGAUUGAUCAUCUGACAGGGACCAGCGUUUGGAGCAGGCCAAGGAUCUGAGCAGUUGGAGGCAGUGGAGACAGAGCACCAGACGGACCCUGAGGAGGCUGAAGGAGGAUGGGUUUGAGAUGCUCAGCAACCUGGAGCUCUGGAGGGGAGACAUCCACGUCAUUGAGGGUAGGAGAGUAGAUGCCAGGGACAAAACAACCUGUUACUCCUAUUGACUCCUGUUGACAUCAAUACAUGAUUUAUGUCAAAGGCUGAGUUACACGAACAAAGCUCAAAAUUGGAUUUGUGAGGGACAAAGGCUAAAGUGUCAACAGAGAUUAUGUAAUAUCUCUGAUGAUAAUUGGGCAAUUAGAAGUUUUCUUGCUCAUUUGUGUGUCUUCUGUUGGAAGCAUUGAAAGAAAUGAGUGCAUUGACAUUGAUCUCUUUAAGAUUCAAGAUGGUAUCUAAAUCACUCAUCCCUUCCGCUCUCCGUAUCCCAACAUAGGGAUGUUUGGCACAGGGAUCCUGUCCUACUUCUCCUUCCUCCGUUUCCUGGUGCUGCUCAACAUCGUCAUGUUCCUGCUCAUGUUCGGCUUCGUCAUGCUGCCCAUCAUCACCGCCCCCCAUGCCUCAGGGAACACCACCUUCAACCACGUAGAUGGUAACACAGGCCUUUAUAUGUUAUAGUAAAGUAGACCAUAUUAUACAUGUAACUGUCAAGAGAAAGGAAACACACACCCUUUAAACCCCCCUAUGCUCCUUUGAGACCCCUCUUUCAAAGUCACUUCUUCCAUCCAUGGUAGACAAAAUAAUGGGCAACUGAGCAUUUUUAUACAUGACCCUAAGCAUGAUGUGAUGUUAAUUGCUGAAUUAACUCAGGAACCACACCUGUGUGGAAGCACCUGCUUUCAAUAGACUUUGUAUCGUUCAUUUACUGAAGUGUUUCCUUUAUUUUGGCAGUUACCUGUACAUCACAGAAGGUUGGUGGCACUUUAAUUGGGGUGGACGGGCUCGUGGUAGUGGCUGAAGCGGAACGUGUGUAAUGGUAUCAAAUACAUCAAACACAUGGUUUCCAUUUACUCCGUUCCAGCCAUUAUUAUGAGCCGUCCUCCCCUCAGCAGCCUCCUCUGCUGUACAUGUGUUAUAUAAUAUUUAUGUAAACUGUAGUUCAGAAAGAGAUUGACACCACCUCCAACCCUGUAGAUGGUAAUAACAUGGGCUUUAUUUAUCAUAAAGGUUCAGAUAGAGAGUAGAGAUAUGGGCCAUGUAGUCAGUAACUGUUCUGAGACAUCAAGAACAUCACAAUCAUGUUUACAUUAGAUGAUGAAUGUGGUAUUGUUAAUCUCGUCUAUAUAUAUUUUUGAAUUCAGUGUUAAUGGACUUCUAGCUAGAUGUCUUACUAGCAUUGUAUUGUUCCUGUGGGUUGCUUUUGUUGUGUUCCACAGGCAGUGAGUGCAGGAACUACCCCAGCACCUCUCGCCGUGGCCUGGUGGUUUUCCACCAGCACAUUACAGACCUCCUCUCAGGGACGGUACGGACUACCCUCCUCAUAUACCACGCUCUAUUAUUCAUGUAAUUCAGUCACUCAUUGUACGCCUGCAUAGAACUGUAGAUGAUGUUCUGUGACUGAAAAUGACUCCCUUGUUUGUUUCACAUCUUACAGGGCUUUCUGGAGCAGACCUACCUCUUCUAUGGCUACUACAAGGUAGAGGCCAUUCACUUCCCUAAGUUCACCUACAACCUGCCUCUGGCCUACCUGCUGGUCACUAUAGCCUACCUCUUCCUCAGUCUCAUAUGGAUCGUCAAAAGGUAAAAAAGUGCCCUACCUUACUGUAUUCAGACUAGUAAUUAUACUAGUCUUUUGGAUUAACCGGUCCUCAAAAGGCACAUCUUCUCAAACAUGCACAUGCUGUCCAAUUGUUUUUCAUGGUCAUGCAACAUACAUAGAAGUCAUAUACAGUUAUAGAAAUACUUACCGUAAUUUUCGGACUAUAAGCCACGCCUUUUUUCCAAUUUUUCGACCCUGCGGCUUAUAUAACGGUGCGGCUAAUCUAUGGAUUUUUACAGCUAACAGCCACUAGAAGACCUCCUAAAUCUAUGGAUUUUACAGGUUACAGUCCACCAACUUUAACUCUAUGGGCUCUAUGACCGGUCCGCGCCCCCCACCUUUAAGCGGCGGGCUCCAGCAGGAAAAACUGGAGGCCGGAAAAGAGUGAGACAGGUAGCGCGCAAAAGUAAAAGUGGAACCGAGAGUGGUACGAGAGACAGAACGAGAGACAGAACGAGAGCAAGACAGACAGACAUUACGAGAGCGAGACAGUUUGUCUCUUUCCCGACAAUCCCCUCUGUGCCCGAACCCUUACAUAUGGUAAUUAAACAUUAAAACACCUGCGGCUUAUAGUCCAGUGCGGCUUAUAUAUAUACACAUCAUUCAAUAUCAUUCAAUUUAGCUGCUGCGGCUUAUACUCCGGUGCGCCUUAUAGUGCGGAAAAUACGGUAUGUUUUUUUAGCAAUAGACUGAACUUUCCAAAUCUGCAUUUCUUGUCGUUCCCCAAAGGUCUGCGACUGGCUUCAAGCAUAACCUGGUGCAGGACGAGGAUCGCUUCCAGAGUUUCUGCAACAAGAUCUUUACCGGAUGGGACUUCUGUAUCGUCAACGAGAACGCAGCCAGGCUCAAGAGGAGCAGUCUUCUUUAUGAACUGAAGGUGAGGUGUCAGUAGUCAGUCGAAAAUAAAUGAUAGCAUAGGUUGACUCAAAACAACAGGGAGCAAUGUGAUUCAACACUAUUGACAAAGUGAAUUUACAGUUUUUCUCAAUUGUUUACACACAAAUACUGGUACUUGAGACACAAUGACCACAGCAUGUAACUCAUGCACCAACCCCCUGAACCAAUUCUGCUAAACUACAAGCACAAUUCCUGCUUUACAAUCAAAUUGCAGUUCUACAACACACUUUUUUCAAAACACUACACACAAAUCUUUGCAUUUGGCACAAUUUUCAUGCAGAAAAUCUCUUGUUUUCACAAUGAACACACUGCCAUUCAAAUAUGCACACUGACUCAUCACAUGGGCAAACACCCGUCACACAGUUUUACAAUUAGCAAUCAGAGCUUUAGCAUAAAAGGGCAACAGGUGAGCUCUUCUGUUUUGGAGCAAUGGAUGCCAACAUUGGAAACAGAGGCAGAGCCAGAGGAGUGAGAGUAAGAGGAGGAGGACGGGGAGGACAAGGACGAGGACGAGGAAGGCCAAGGACCGUAAACUCUGAUGAGAUCCGAACCACCUUGGUUGAUCAUGUGGUCAACCAUGGUCUAACAAUGAGGGAGGCUGGGCAAAGAGUACAGCCAAAUUUGAGCAGGUACACUGUAGCAUCCAUCAUCCGGACAUUCCGAAAUGAGAAUAGGUAAGAAAUCUACUCUCACUAGAAAAUUGCAGUACUGCAUAUCAAUACAGUACUCAAUGAGUACAGUAGUACAGUAUUGCCUGUGGACUGUUCUGUAGGACUGUAAAAAUAAAGUAUGUUUCAAGUAUUUGGGAAAUGUAUUUCUACUUUGUAUUUACAGCAUUUUACUAUAUGUUUGGCAGAACUGAAAGAUUAUCAACACAAGGUGGUCGGGAACGUGUUCUGUCUCCUGAACAGGAAACUGAAAUCAUGAACAUGGUCCUAGAAAAUAACGCCAUAACAUUACGGCAAAUACAAAGAAAAAUAAUAGAAAACAAUGAGAUAUUUCAAAAUAUUGAUAGGGUAAGCUUAUCAACACUGGACCGUGUCUUGCGCAGAAAUAAUCUCAGGAUGAAGCAGGUCUACAGGGUGCCAUUUGAACGCAAUUCAGAAAGAGUCAAAGAAUUGCGAUAUAACUAUGUGCAAGUGAGUCCUAUACAAUCCCACAAUUGAUGCAUACUCUCAACACUGUAUAAAUUAUACAUAUUUCAGUAUUGUAAUCAUAAUGAUUGUGCUUCACAAUAGUGACCACUCCAUGUCUAUUUCUGAUAUUGUCAUGUGUGUUUCAGAGAGUCCUUGAGCUAGAGGUGGCUGCAGUGGAGCACCAGUUCAUCUUCAUUGAUGAGGUUGGAUUCAACCUCACAAAAAGACGAAAGAGGGGAAGGAAUAUCAUCGGCCAGCGUGCCAUUGUUGAAGUCCCUGGCCAGCGCGGAGGGAACAUCACAAUGUGUGCAGCGAUUACCCACCACGGCGUCAUCCAUCACCAUGCUACCCUUGGCCCCUACAACACCACCCAUCUGAUCACAUUCCUGGGCACACUACACAACACACUCAUUCCACCAGAUCAGGUAGAUGGCCCAGAGCAGCUCAGGUACGUUGUCAUUUGUGACAAUGUAAGUUUCCACAGGGCUGCUCUGGUUCGUAACUGGUUCACUGCCCACCCACGCUUUAGGUGUUGUUUAUCUCCCUCCAUAUUCUCCAUUCCUGGAGAUGGAAAGUGUAUGACCGAAAUCCACAAACGCGUAUACCUCUUCUCCAAGCUAUGGAAGACGCAUGUGGAGACAUAGCAGCUGAUGCUUUUCAUGGCUGGAAUCGCCAUGCUAGGCGAUAUUUCCCCCGCUGCUUGGCCAGGGAAAACAUUGCUUGUGAUGUGGAUGAGGUGCUGUGGCCAGACUGCAACAGAAGAGAGGAUGCAGCAUAGUUUUUUUUUUUUUUUUUUUACUGUAACUGUAUACAUUAAAUUAUUCUGUUUUGUAUGUAGACCACUGUAUGUGCAACUUUGUGUUGGUUGGGAAUGGGAUGUACAAUAUUUUUGUUACCGUGUAUUUGUGUGUUCUGAGUAUAAAAACAAUAUUCUCAAAUAUUUUACAACACACUAAUGUAUGUACUGUCUGUAGUAAUGGCAACACUGAACCAAAAAAAGGCCUAAGUCAUUAUGAUGAAUGGAGAAGAAGUGUUUUCCAUUCAUCAUAGUGUUUUACAUUGAGCACAUCAGUGUUCAACUGGUUCUUAUAAAUGUCUAUUCAUAUGAUGGUUUGUGUGUGUCAUUUGAAAACAAAAUACAAUUUUGAUAAGAAAUAACAUUGUUUUGAAUGUAAAGUUUCAUUUUGCUGGAGAAUUGAGAGGUUUUGCCCAUUGUGUGUGUGUUUUUUGAUUUGUGUGUAGAGUUCUGAGAAUAUAAGGCAUGCUUUCAGAAAAUGUGUGUAAACAAUCGAGAAAAACUGUAAGUCCUCAGUUCACACAUUUCGGUUACAGCCAUAUAAUGUAACAGAACCAUAUCGGUUCACUUAUCUUUACCACUCUCGCUUCUCACUGACUGUUCUACUAGUCUUUUCCUUUCAGAAGUAGCUGUGUUUAUUUGUUUAUUCAUAUAUACAGUAUAAAUGCUUAUAACUGCAUAUAAUAGAGAUCCUAUAUUAAUUCCUCUGUCUUCUCUAUGUCAACAGACUGAUCUGGAAGAGGAGCGGAUCAAGCAGAAGAUAGCAGACAGGACACGGAAGGAGAAGUGUAGGAUCUACGUGAUCCGACUGAUCCUGAAUCUGUUUGUCAUCACUGUACUGGCUGCCUGCUUCUACUCCAUCUACAUAGCCACCAACUUCUCCCAGAAAGCACAGAUGACUAAGGUACUAUAGCUAACAUGUAUUGGAGGAUUCUUUUUAAAUCACAUUGUGAUAAACCUUUAAACCGCAAUAUUAGUUUAGUUCAGUUUAGUUUAAUUUCAUGUGUACUAUAGCAGCUUAAAGCUGAAUUGCAGUAGAACAAUACGAGAAAACACAUUUAAAUCAAUAAAUGGAGAUACAAGACGAUGAAAAGGUCAUGAAGGAAGUUGAAGCAGGAGUGGAGGAGGGAGCAUCAGCCACGGAGGAUAGAUGGUCAGAGUCAGUCAGAGACAGGUCUGGAGUCUCCUCAGCACACCUUGCUGUCUCUGAUGUCCUCAGCCUCUCCUUAGGAGGUACAGUUGAAGUCUGAAGUUUACAUACACCUUCGCCAAAUACAUUUCAACUCAGUUUUUCACAAUUCCUGACAUUUAAUCCUAGUAAAAAUUCCCUGUUUUAGGUCAGUUAGGAUCACCACUUUAUUUUAAGAAUGUGAAAUGACAGAAUAAUAGUAGAGAGAGUGAUUUAUUUCAGAAGUUAGAAGUUUACAUACACGCAAUUUUUUUUUUGGGGGGGGGGGGGGGUGGAUACAUACACUCAAUUUGGUAUUUGGUAGCAUUGCCUUUACAUUGUUUAACUUGGGUCAAACGUUUUGGGUAGCCUUCCACAAGCUUCCCACAAUAAGUUGGGUGAAUUUUGGCCCAUUCCUCCUGACAGAGCUGGUGUAACUGAGUCAGGUUUGUAGGCCUCCUUGCUCUAUAGGAUUGAGAUCAGGGCUUUGUGAUGGCCACUCCAAUACCUUGACUUUGUUGUCCUUAAGCCAUUUUGCCACAACUUUGGAAGUAUGCUUGGGGUCAUUGUCAAUUUGGAAGACACAUUUGCAACCAAGCUUUAACUUCCUGACUGAUGUCUUGAGAUGUUGCUUCAAUAUAUCCACAUAAUUUUCCUUCCUCAUGAUGCCAUCUAUUUUGUGAAGUGCACCAGUCCCUCCUGCAGCAAAGAACCCCCACAGCAUGAUGCUGCCACCCCCGUGCUUCACGGUUGGGAUGGUGUUCUUCGGCUUGCAAGCGUUCCCCCCUUUUCCUCCAAACAUAACAAUGGUCAUUAUGGCCAAACAGUAAUAUUUUUGUUUCAUCAGACCAGAGGACAUUUCUCCAAAAAGUACAAUCUUUGUCCCCAUGUGCAGUUGCAAAACGUAGUCUGGCUUUUUUAUGGCGGUUUCGGAGCAGUGGCUUCUUCCUUGCUGAGCGGCCUUUCCGGUUAUGUCGAUAUAGGACUCGUUUUACUGUGGAUAUAGAUACUUUUGUACCUGUUUCCUCCAGCAUCUUCACAAGAUCCUUUGCUGUUGUUCUGGGAUUGAUUUGCACUUUCGCACCAAAGUAGUUCAUCUCUAGGAGACAGAACGCGUCUCCUUCCUGAGCGGUAUGACGGCUGCGUGGUCCCAUGGGGUUUAUACUUGCGUACUAUUGUUUGUACAGAUGAAUGUGGUACCUUCAGGCGUUUGGAAAUUGCUCCCAAGGAUGAACCAGACUUCUGGGGGUCUACAAUUUUUUUUUCUGAGGUCUUCUGAGGCUGAUUUCCUUUGAUUAUCCCAUGAUGUCAAGCAAAGAGGCACUAAGUUUGAAGGUAGGCCUUGAAAUACAUCCACAGGUACACCUCCAAUUAACUCUAAUGAUGUCAAUUAGCCUAUCAGAAGCUUCUAAAGCCAUGACAUCAUUUUCUGGAAUUUUCCAAGCUGUUUAAAGGCACAGUCAACUUAGUGUAUGUAAACCUCUGACCCACUGGAAUUUUGAAUUAUAAGUGAAAUAAUCUGUGUGUAAACAAUUGUUGAAAAAUUACUUGUCAUGCACAAAGUAGAUGUCCUAACCGACUUGCCAAAACGAUAGUUUGUUAUCACGAAAUUUGUGGAGUGGUUGAAAAACGAGUUUUAAUGACUCCAACCUAAGUGUAUGUAAACUUCCGACUUCAACUGUAGCUUGUCAAUAGACCUAUACUUCUUUUAGGGGUGUCAAACUAUAAAAUACAUACAUAUUAUUUUCAAACAUUCCCCAGGGGGAAACUAUCUUAAUCGCCAUUUAAAUUACUAAAACCAAAUCUAAACUGUGUAGAAAUGAUAAUGGACCUGCAUGUAUAGUCUCUUCACUCUGUCCAGCUUGCUAACAGUCAUCAAAAGGAAAACUAGACAGUCAGGGAGCGUUGAAGAGUGAGGCCCUCCAGACCUCGGUGAAGACCGAAUGCGGCCCUUCCUCAGUACUGUAUACUUAAUGACAUAUGUAUUUUCUGUUUUGCUUCAAACACGCGUCAUCAUAACAGGUGAAUUUCAUCCUGGACCUGAUCUAUGAGUACCUACCGUCCAUCGUCAUCACCCUGGCCAACUUCAUCACCCCCCUCAUCUUCUCCCUCAUCAUCCAGUAUGAAGACUACUCCCCCGCCUUCGAGAUCCGCUUCACUCUCAUGAGGUAAACAACAGGACUGGGGUUGUUUUCAUUUCAAUUCAGGAAUUUAAAUGAAUUAAAACAUUUCAGUUUACUUCCUGAAUUGAUAUUAAAUUUACCCCAGCCCUGGUAACCAAGCACUUCCUUCUGUGGAAAUCAAUGAAUGAUGCUGUUGUUUCACAUCGAUUCCAGUUUGCAUACUGAUUUAGUAAUCUAAUUUCUUUAUAAUGUCAAUCUUUCCACAGGUGUGUGUUCAUGCGCCUGACCAGUAUCUGUGUGCUUCUCGUCUCACUCUGGGGUCAGAUCACCUCUUGCCAGGAAGGCGACUGUGUCUGUGGGUACAACCACGUCCUCUACCCGGUGAGUGGGGGUCAAAGGUCACCGUAAAUAUACAGUACAUAUUGAUGUUGGAAGGUACCAUUGCGCAGUGGUGGAAAAAGUACCUUAUUGUCAUACUUGAGUAAAAGUAAAGAUACCUUAAUAGAAAAUUACUCAAGUAAAAGUGAAAGUCACCCAGUAAAAUACGACUUGAGUAAAAGUAAAAACAUAUUUGGUUUUAAAUAUACUUAAGUAUCAAAAGUAAAUGUAAUUGCCAAAAUAUACUUAAGUAUCAAAAGUUAAAGUAUUAAUCAUUUCAAAUGUCUUAUAUUUAGCAAACCAGUAGGCACGGAUAGCCAGGGGCACACUCAGACAUCAUUUACAAACGAAGCUGUCACGUUGCUGUGGAUUGGUGUGGUGUAGAAUCAGGCGCAGGAAGCAGAGGAUAAGUCUAACAAGACUUUACUAGAGCACACAAAAAUAAUCCAAACAGCCCGGAGGCAAAAGGACGCACACAGGCGUAAAUAAGCGAGCGCACACACAGGUGCGAAAAUACUCUCCUAAACACAAGGAGGAAGCUAUGAAAAUAGCGUACCGACACGGGUAGCGCAACAACACGACACAAACAAUUACACACAACACUAAACUACCAACAAGGAAACUAAAUAGGGUGCUAAAUGAGACAUAACACAAAACAGGUGUGACUAACAGACAAAACCAAUCAAACAAGAAACAUAGAGCGGUGGCAGCUAGUACUCCGGAGACGACGACCGGCGAAACCUGCCCGAACAAGGAGGAGGAGCCGCCUCGGCCGAAACCGUGACAGUACCCCCCCCUUGACGAGCCGCGCGCCGCUUCCGGCCUCGGGGACGACCAGGAGGACGCGGAGCAGGGCGCGUAGGAUGACCACGAUGGAAUUCGGUCAUCAGGGACGGGUCCAGAAUGUCCCUCCUCGGCACCCAGCACCGCUCCUCCGGACCGUACCCCUCCCACUCCACGAGAUAUUGGAGACCCCCCAUCCGGCGUCUCGAAUCCAGGAUGGUCCGAACAGUGUACGCCGGAGCCCCCUCGAUGUCCAACGGGGGCGGAGGAGUCUCCUCAAUCUCAAAGUCCUGGAGUGGACCAGCUACCACCGGCCUGAGGAGAGACACAUGGAACAAGGGGUUAAUAUUCUUGUAAUCAAUAGGUAGUUCUAACCUGUAACACACCUCGUUCAAUCUCCUCAGGACUUUAAAAGGCCCCACAAACCGCCGACCCAGCUUCCGGCAGGGCAGGCGGAGGGGCAGGUUUCUGGUUGAGAGCCAGACUCGAUCUCUAGGUGCGUACACUGGCCCCUCACUGCGGUGUAGGUCGGCGCUCGUCUUCUGUCGACGUAUGGCACGCUGCAGAUGGACGUGUGCAGCGUUCCACGUCUCCUCCGAGCGCCGCACCCACUCAUCCACAGCGGGGGCCUCGAUCUGGCUCUCAUGCCACGGUGCCAGAACCGGCUGGUACCCUAACACACACUGGAAAGGGGUUAGUCUCGUGGAGGAGUGGCAGAGAGAGUUCUGUGCCAUCUCGGCCCAGGGCACAUAUCUCGCCCACUCCUCCGGCCGGCCCUGACAAUAUGACCUCAGAAACCUACCCACAUCCUGGUUGACUCGUUCGACCUGCCCAUUACUCUCCGGGUGGUAACCCGAGGUAAGGCUCACCGAGACCCCCAAACGUUCCAUAAAUGCUCUCCAGACUCUGGAGGUAAACUGGGGGCCUCGAUCGGACACUAUAUCCUCGGGCACCCCGUAAUGCCGGAAGACGUGAGUAAAUAGAGCCUCAGCGGUCUGUAGGGCAGUAGGAAGACCCGGCAUGGGAAGGAGACGACAGGCCUUCGAGAACCGAUCCACAACGACCAGGAUGGUGGUAUUCCCCUGUGAGGAGGGAAGAUCGGUAACAAAAUCCACCGAGAGGUGAGACCAGGGUCGUUGUGGAACGGGCAGGGGCUGUAAUUUACCCCUGGGCAAGUGUCUGGGCGCCUUACACUGGGCACACACUGAGCAGGAGGAGACAUAAACCCUCACAUCCCUGGCUAACGUUGGCCACCAGUAUUUCGUACUAAGGCAGUGCACUGUCCGGCCAAUACCUGGAUGUCCAGAGGAGGGGGACGUGUGAGCCCAAUAAAUCAGCCGAUCCCGGACCUCGAGCGGGACGUACGCCCGACCCACCGGACACUGUGGAGGACUAGGGUCGGUGCGUAAUGCCCGCUCGAUCUCCGCAUCGACCUCCCACACCACCAGUGCCACCAGACAAGACUCCGGUAGUAUGGGAAUGGACUCCACGCACCUCUCCUCCGUGUCAUACCGACGGGACAGAGCAUCUGCCUUCCCGUUCUGGGACCCAGGGAUGUAAGUGAUCUUGAACACAAACCGGGCGAGAAACAUAGUCCAUCGAGCCUGGCGAGGAUUCAGUCUCCUAGCUGCCCGAAUGUAUUCCAGGUUACGAUGGUCGGUCAGAAUGAGGAAAGGGUGCUGAGCCCCCUCAAGCCAAUGCCUCCACACCUUUAGGGCCUGUACUACGGCUAACAGCUCCCUGUCCCCUACGUCAUAAUUCCGCUCCGCCGGACUUAGCUUCUUAGAAUAAAAAGCACAGGGGCGGAGCUUAGGUGGUGUACCGGAUCGUUGAGAAAGAACUGCCCCGAUACCGGCCUCAGACGCGUCCACCUCAACUUGGAAGGGUAAAGUGGGAUCCGGGUGCGCCAACACCGGAGCCGAGGUAAACAGGUCCUUCAGUCUCCCAAAGGCCCUGUCCGCCUCAGCCGACCACUGCAAGCGCACCGGACCCCCCUUCAGAAGAGACGUUAUGGGAGCUGCCACCUGUCCAAAACCCCGGAUAAACCUCCGGUAGUAAUUCGCAAAACCCAAGAACCGCUGCACCUCUUUAACCGUAGUUGGGGUUUGCCAAUUACGCACGGCGGACACUCGGUCCACCUCCAUUCUCACCCCUGACGCAGACAACUGGUAACCCAAAAAGGAAACUGACUCCUGAAAGAACAGACAUUUCUCAGCUUUGACAUACAGGUCAUGCUCCAACAGUCUCCUCAAUACCCUGCGCACCAGGGCUACAUGCUCGGCCCGAGUAGAACUGUACACAAGAAUAUAAUCUAUGUACACCACUACUCCCUGCGCCUGCAUGUCCUGGAAAAUUUCAUCUACAAACGAUUGGAAGACUGAUGGAGCAUUCAUUAACCCAUAUGGCAUGACGAGAUACUCGUAAUGGCCGGAGGUAGUACUAAAUGCUGUCUUCCACUCAUCGCCCUCCCUAAUGCGCACCAAGUUAUAUGCGCUCCUGAGGUCCAAUUUUGUGAAGAACCGUGCCCCGUGUAAUGACUCCGUCAUGGUCCCAAUCAGCGGGAGUGGAUAACUAUAUUUCACAGUUACCUGAUUGAGACCGCGGUAAUCAAUACACGGACGCAAACCUCCAUCCUUUUUCUUCACAAAAAAGAAGCUCGAGGACGCGGGAGAAGUGGAGGGCCGUAUGUAUCCCUGUCUCAGAGACUCGGCAAUGUAAGUUUCCAUUGCCCUUUUCUCCUCCUGUGACAAAGGAUACACAUGGCUCCGCGGAAGCGCGGCUCCUGUCUGGAGGUCUAUCGCACAAUCCCCUUGUCUAUGAGGUGGCAACCGUGCCGCUCUGGUCUUACUAAACACGAGCGCCAAAUCCUCAUACUCAGGAGGAAUGUGCAGUGCUGGCAUCUGGUUCGGACUCUCCACCGAGGUCGCCCCUACGGAAACACCCAGACAUAACCCCUCACACUGAGCAGACCACCCUUUAAGAGCCUUCUCUCGCCACGAAAUAGUAGGAUCAUGGGUAAUCAACCAGGGAAGCCCCAGUACCACCGGAUACGCAGGAGAGUCGAUCAGAUAGAGUUGAAUCGUCUCCUCAUGACCCCCCUGCGUCAUCAUCCUAAGUGGCGCUGUGACCUCCCCAAUCAACCCAGAUCCUAACGGACGACUAUCUAAGGCAUGUACAGGAAAGGGCUUUUCGACUGGAAGGAGGGGAAUCCCUAACUUAACACAGAAUUUCCGAUCUACAAAAUUCCCAGCUGCGCCUGAAUCGACUAGCACCUUAUGCUGGGAACGAGGUGCAACCUGUGGGAAACAAACAGGUAAUGUAAUGUGUAUGACAGAAAGCUCUGGGUAAGUAGGGCGCCUACUCACCUGGGAGGACUCCCCACUGUAUGACCUGCCAUCUCCCUCACCAGGGGACCCUCCCCAGCACCUAGCCGCGGUGUGCCCUCCGCGGCCACACUUGGUGCAGGAGACUGCCCCCCUCGGGCUCCUACCUCUUCUCCCUCUAGCGCCAGCACCUCCAAGCUCCAUCGGACUCUGCUCGGAGGCGCUGGAGGGUGGAACGGGAGGCCCCCACCUGGGACGUCCGCGGGUCGCAAGCAGGGUGUCCAGUCGAAUGGCCAUGUCCACCAGCUGGUCAAAUGUUAGUGUAGUGUCCCUGCAUGCUAACUCCCUGCGGACGUCCUCCCGAAGGCUACAUCUAAAGUGGUCUAUGAGGGCCCUCUCAUUCCACCCAGCAUCCGCCGCUAGAGUCCGGAACUCCAGCGCAAACUCUUGAGCGCUCCUCAUCCCCUGUCGGAGGUGGAAUAGACGCUCCCCCGCCGCCUUCCCCUCUGGUGGAUGGUCGAAGACAGCACGGAAGCGGCGGGAGAACUCCGCAUAGGUGACUGUGGCAGCGUCUAUUCCCCUCCAUUCGGCGUUGGCCCACUCCAACGCCUUGCCGGUGAGACAGGAGAUGAGGGCGGAAACGCUCUCGUAUCCCGAGGGCGCCGGGUGUAUGGUGGCAAGGUAGAGCUCCACUUGUAAGAGGAACCCCUGACACCCAGCAGCGGUGCCGUCGUACGCCCUCGGGAGCGAGAGCCGAAUCCCACUGGGUUCCGGUCGAUGGACGGGCUGGCUGUCCGGUGGUGAUGGUGCGAUAGGUGGGGCUGUGGGAACCCCGCUGGUUUUCCAUCGACGAAGGGUGUCCAUGACGCCCUCCAAGGCGUGCCCGAUCCGGUUGAUUCGGUGCUCUUGACCAAGGAGACGCUCCUCCAUGAUGUCGACGGGUGCUCCUGCUGAUUCCAUGUGUGGUGUGUAAUUCUGUCACGUUGCUGUGGAUUGGUGUGGUGUAGAAUCAGGCGCAGGAAGCAGAGGAUAAGUCCAACAAGACUUUACUAGAGCACACAAAAAUAAUCCAAACAGCCCGGAGGCAAAAGGACGCACACAGGCGUAAAUAAGCGAGCGCACACACAGGUGCGAAAAUACUCUCCUAAACACAAGGAGGAAGCUAUGAAAAUAGCGUACCGACACGGGUAGCGCAACAACACGACACGAACAAUUACACACAACACUAAACUACCAACAAGGAAACUAAAUAGGAUGCUAAAUGAGACAUAACACAAAACAGGUGUGACUAACAGACAAAACCAAUCAAACAAGAAACAUAGAGCGGUGGCAGCUAGUACUCCGGAGACGACGACCGGCGAAACCUGCCCGAACAAGGAGGAGGAGCCGCCUCGGCCGAAACCGUGACAGAAGCAUUUGUGUUUAGUGAGUCCGCCAGAUCAGAGGCAGUAGGGAUGAUCAGGGAUGUUCUCUUGAUAAGUGUGUGAAUUUGACAAUUUUCUGUCCUGCUAAGCAUUCAAAAUGUAACAAGUACUUUUGGGUGUCAGGGAAAAUGUAUGGAGUAAAAAGUACAUUAUUUUCUUUAGGAAUGUAGUGAAGUAAAAGUAAAAGUUGUAAAAAAUAUAAAUAGUAAAGUAAAGUACAGAUACCCAAAAAAACGACUUAAGUAGUACUUUAAAGUACUUUUACUUAAGUACUUUACAACACUGCCAUUGCGUUACUAUGAUCUCAUAUGAUUCUGCCUCUGCCUACAGUGUUGGGAGUCUCGUGUGGGCCAGGAGAUGUACAAACUCAUGAUCUUUGAUUUCAUCAUCAUCGGUGCCGUCACUGUCUUUGUGGAGUUCCCUAGGAAGUAAGUCAUCUUUUCUCUUGUCUUGUCUUCUCUCCUCUCCUCUCCUCUUCUGACGGUUCUUUCUCUCUCCCUCUCCCCCCUCCCUCCCCUAGACUCAUAGUGAACUACUGUGACUGCGGCCUGGCCAAGUGGUGGGGCCAGCAGGAGUUUGCCAUCCCCCAGAACGUCCUGGAUAUCGUGUAUGGCCAGACCAUCUGCUGGAUCGGGACGUUCUACUGCCCCCUGCUGCCCGCCAUCUGCACCAUCAAGUACUUCAUCAUCUUCUACAUCAAAAAGGUAAUAUACCAUAGAAAAAGAAAUACUAGAAAGUGGGCCGGUGGACAUAAUUGUAUUUCUAUGUAAUACAGCAUCAGGAAGGUACUUGAUAUGAAUGACUGUUGGUGUUUUUGGUUGUAGCGUAUGGUUUAAGCUGGGUCUAAACAUCUGGUUACAUACUCUAGGUAACCGUGGUUCCCUGAUUGAGUUGAAUGAGACAUACUGUACCACAUAGGUAAUAGUAUAGGUCAGGAUAUUUCCUUAUCCUAAUUCCUUCAGCCAACUGAUAGAGAAAAGGACAAUCACAUACAUGUGUGUAUUAUGUUGACUGAAAGGGAAUUCUCACCCACAGAUAUGUUGAUUAAUGUAUGUAUUGUCUACCCUGCAGGUAACCCUGGUGAAUAACUGCCGCCCGACCACCCGUCCGUUCCGAGCCUCCAGCUCCAACUUCUUCUUCCUGGCUGUGCUGCUGAUUGGCCUGGCCCUGGCCUGUGUACCUGUCACCAUUAGCAUCGCACAGUAAGUACAUGGUUGCAGUUAGCCUAGCAUGCAUCUUUGCACUGAAACUUACCAUGCACCAAUCUCAUACCUUUUUCACACUGCUGAGCCUAACUGAGCUGUACUGCUGUACUGUUGCUGAAACUGGGCUGGAAAGGAAAAUAUUUGAGUCAGCACAGUACAGUUUGGCUUGGGACCGUAGUGUGAAAUAGUAUCAAUCUGCUCCUAGAUCAGUUGUUGGGGACAUAAACGAACCCUCCCCGUCUCUCCCUUAUCAGGAUCAGCUGUUCCCAGGCCUGUGGUCCCUUCGUUAACUACACCACGUCCUGGGAGGUGCUCCCCCGGGCCGUGUCCCAGCUGCCUGCAGGAGUACGCACAUUCCUCCUGGCCAUCUCCUCUGAGGCCUUCGCCGUCUCCUUCUUUGUCAUCACAUGGUACGGGUUCCGGCCAAUGAUAUCACUCCUUGUUUUAUUUAUCUUAGCUCAAUCAGUCUGUCUACGGUUCAUUGCCAUUUGAUAUCCAGGCUCAUAGAUUGUGUGUUCAGCCAAUCAAUCAAUAAAAUGUAUUUAUAAAACCCUUUUUACAUCAACACGUCAUCACAAAGUGCCAUCAAAAUUCUGUUUUGUUAACCCUUGUGUCUCUUUCCUUCCUCAGCCUGGCUAUGUUUUAUGUCAUUGCUCUAGCUGGAGCUCACAAGCGAGUUAUCAACCAACUGAGGGAACAGCUAGUCAUGGUGAGUAGCUACAGUAAGCAGUCUACUUACAGGGCUGCACAGCUCUAUACUGUACAGUAGCUACAAAGGAGUUAGGGUUAGGGUUAACACUUUUUUUCCUGACCAUAUAACCUGACCAGAAAAAAAAUGGACGUCCUAGUUAUCUGGCAUAACAUUGUUAUAGGGCAUAGGGUAAACUUAGGCACUAACCCUCCUCUUCUCCCUGUUCGGGCCAGGAUGGGCGAGACAAGCGUUUCCUGAUCCAGAAGCUGUGUCAGGCCCAGAGGACCUGUGCUGUUAGAUUCCCAGGUUCUGGUUCCCAGUCCCACUCCUCAGACAGAGUCAGCCCCAGCUACCGCUCCAACUCUGGGGUCUUCCUGGUCCAUCCACCCCCAGACUCUGCUACUCAUGUCUGAAAUGAUAGGAUUAGGCCCCUGAGUUUUACCUGACCAAAAAACUCAGGGCCCUUGAUAUUACUUGUAACUGGCUGUCUAAACACUAUUACUGGCAGACACUAUAGGGGCUGGUUUCCCAGAUAUAGAUUAAGUCAAGCCCUGGACUAAAAUGCAUGCCCAAUGGAGAAUCUCCAUUAAAGUAGCUUUUUAGUCCAGGACCAGACUCAAUCUGUGUCCAGGAAACCAGCCAUAUCACUGGCAGACACUAGAUUUGAGGAACACUACGUAACUGGGAGAUUAGCUUUGCCAAUCAAGACUUUGGUUUUGUUCCAACGCAAAUUGAGAUCUGAGGAUGUUCAAACGUUUUACAAUAUUGGACCAAUAGUUUGAACUCAAAGCUGGCAAAAUAGCUACUUACUGCCUUUGGUGGGGAAUAUCUUGUUGUCCUGUUUGUUGUUGACUACUAGAAACACUACUAUUUAUUUGUGUUGUCAUGAUGAGAAUUCUGCUGACUAUCACAUUUUCCCUUCCAAGAAGGACUCUUCUUAUGACAAUAACCACUAUAAAGCUUUGAAUCUCCCUUUUCAGUAAGUUAAUACUAUUUUUUCAAAGCUGAUCCCAUAUUGUUACACACCUAUGAACACAACAUUCUUCGUGCACUUUAAGUGUGGCCUUACUGGUUUAUCUUUUAAAGGUAUACUGUAUUGAUGUGUCAACUUAUAUUCCUUAUUCUCUUGUUUACUAUUUCUAUUAACUCCCUCUAAGUAUUAACUUUUAAUGACCAUGACAAGCUACAUGGGAUUCAACAUUUCAAAAUGUAUUUGAGAUCUACUGUCCCAACUUCUGCUACAUACCAAACUGAACUAAUACUUUGUACUGUACUCUGUCUCCACUGCCUAUAUUCCAUAAAGGGGAAGCUUUGUCAUUGAAAGUAUUGUAUCCAUUGCAAACAUUUGUUUUUGGGUGAACUGUUACAUUUUAAUCAACUAAUAAGAUAUCAUUUUGGCAAAAGGUUUUGUUUUGUAUCAUUCCAAAAUAUGUGUGUUAUUCAUCAUUGAAUUGUGGAUGGAAAAGGAAAAUAAAUAAUGGAAGUAUUUAAAACGUAUGUUAUUACUUGUUAUAUUUUGUGUGAAUAUAACUUGUUUAAUUUGUUCAAUACGGAAACCCAAAAGACAAGAUUGUGUUCAUAGGCACCCAUCAUUUUCAGAAGUACAUACUAUGUUACCUCCGCACCAGCAGGUGUCGAAACCUCCAGAAUAGCUAGCUAGCUACUGCUCCUUCAACGGCUCAGCUGGUACGGAACCGGAGGCAGCGUGCACUGUCAGUUCGGUUAUCCAGAAAAAUAUUCUGCCGAAAGCGCGGAAUAACGGAACCGGCAGACAUGGCAGCGUUCUGGAUAUUAUUUGGAAUCAUCUGCUGCCAGUGUAUUACAGUGUCAGCGGAUGACAUUGUGGUGGCAUGCGGAGGGUUCGUGAAAUCCGACGUUGAAAUCAACUACUCGCUGAUCGAGGUGAGAGUGCAGAGACGGCCUACCGUAGUAGGCAUAGACAGAAUAUUGUUGGGGGUCUUGGGUGGUGAAAUGACAGUUGAGUUUGAAUUAAAUAACAUUAGCCCUAAGGUGGCUAGUAAGAUGAUCUGUAUGACUAGCCACAGUAAUCUUACGAGCCAUCAAAUCUAUCUUGCAGGUUUCCCGUGCACAACCAUGUCGAAUUUCAGAACUUGUUAGCAUAGCAUUGCACUAGCUAGUUAUCCUUACAAAACGCAUCAGAAAAACUAAUAGCUUGCAGCAAUUUCAAAGUAGCUAAAUGUGUUUCACUGAUUUUAAGCCCUUUCUACAUUUAAAACUCUUAGCGAAUGGUAAUUUACGAACUGGCUAGCUAACGUUAGCUAGCUUGCUAAAGUUAGCCUAACUAGUUGCCAGUCCACUUAAACCCCACAGUACUGACGAGGUAUUGUUGCACCAUACACACCCCAUUCACAGUUAUAAUAGGAUUAACGUUACUUUUUAGUCAAAUCAUCUCAGACUGGACAACCCUCACCCUAAUGACUGCCGGCGCAAGUCAUUCACGUUAGCUAGCUACAGUAGCUAACUUACUUGAUUGCAAAAGCAUAUAGAACUGUUCAGCAUGCAUUGCAUGAAAUCAUUAUUUUGGUUCUGUUUGUGUUGCUAAAUAAAUAUCGUCUUUCUUGUCUCUCACAGAUUAAAGUGUACACAAAACAAGGGUCUUUAAAAUAUCAAACCGACUGUGCUCCCAUCAAUGGAUACUUUAUGAUUCCCCUCUAUGACAAGGUAACGUAUUGAUCAGAGUAGGCAGGUGGGCUCAUUGUAAGGGCUGGAAUAUAAAUGGAACAGAGUCAAACGUGGUUUCCAUACCAUUGAUGUGUUUGAUACCGUUUCAUUCAUUCCAUUCCAGCCAUUACAAUGAGCUCAUCCUAUAGCUUCUACUAUGGAGGACUAAAAGUGCCACAAUUAAAUAAAUAAAUACACCAUUAAAUAAUUACUUAAAUGUGUCAUUAAUUAAUUAAAAUUAGAAUUAAAUACAUAAAUGUGUAAUUAAAUGUAUCAUUAAUUAAUUCAAAUACCGAUUCAUUUUAUGUAAAAUACAUAUAUAAUUAUUUCACUAUUUACAUUUACAUUUCAUGAUCCUGCAUUGCAGUGAUUCAUGAAUUACUUAAAACUGUCAAACUGACCCAUCAAAGUCAGUGGGCGGGACUAACGCGAAUCUAGUCUGAUCCAUUGCUUUGGUCUGAAGUAGAGUAGGCCAACCUGGAUAGAGACAAUGGAGGAUCUCCGUGAACUUUCCAGGGAGUUGGUGAGACAUUUUAAACUUAGCAGAGGAUGUAGAAGCAGGACCUGCUGACCCAGAGCAUGUAGCUAGUAAAGCAGAGGAACUUAUUGAAGGUGAAUAGCGCCACCCAGUGUAUUGGAAUGUGUUCAGUAGCUCUGCAUCAAUCCAUUAUCCGGAAUUGAUUUGUCUUGGCUUGAUGCAGAGGGUAACCAAUCAGGCGUUAGGUUCCGCCUACCAACUUUUGAUGGGUCAGUUUGACAGUUUUAAGUAAUUCAUGAAUCACUGCAAUGCAGGAUCAUGAAAUGUAAAUGUAAAUAGUGAAAUAAUUAUAUAUGUAUUUUACAUAAAAUGAAUCGGUAUUUGAAUUAAUUAAUGAUACAUUUAAUUACACAUUUAUGUAUUUAAUUCUAAUUUUAAUUAAUUAAUGACACAUUUAAGUAAUUAUUUAAUGGUGUAUUUAUUUAUUUAAUUGUGGCACUUUUAGUCCUCCAUAUUCUACAAGCCAGAAUGUUGAAUACAAAGAUAUUUAAUCGUACUUUACCAGUUGUGAGCGCUGUUGGUCCUUUUGGCGGUAUCAGGUGUUUAUGGUAACCACAGGAAAGUGUUGUUUACCCUACUUAUUGCAGCGCCGGUUCUGUUGCUUGUAUUUCCCAUCUCCUGACACAUUACACGUGAUGCACAAUAUGUAAACAGUAGCUGAACGUUGUCGACCAAAGCGCGUUACCUCGCAAUCAGCUAGACAUGCUUGUGAAAUUUGCCAGUUGAUUGCGUGGGACAACGUUCAGUCUGUGCUUCGGGUAAACUCGGCCAUUGUUGACAUAUUGUGCAGUGUGCCGUGCGAAUUGAGUCAGCAUUGAAAAUACAAACUGACAUACAGACCAGCGUACUGAAAGUUGGGUUAAUAACACUACUCUGUGGAUAUUUUGUCUCAGAUUACCUCCUAUAUAAGGACAAAAUCAGUGGACAACAGGUAAUGUACGUUCAAAUGAAAUGUAUUCAACAGUUUGACUUGCAUGUUAAAGAGGAGAGAGAAGUCUUCCACUCUCGGAUUCAUAGAGGCAGUUCUGCUAAUAUUAGACUCUCUCUUAUUCACAGGGAGACUUUGUGUUGAAGAUUGAGCCUCCUCAUGGGUGGAGCUUUGGUAAGGAGAAUUUCAUGUGUAUUUUUACCGCUUGUGUAUUGCCAGCAGUGCUGGAACAUAACAUUCUGUAUGUCUGUGUUUUUGCAGAGCCCACCAGUGUGGACCUCUAUGUGGACGGGGUUAAUGAUAUCUGCACCAAGGAGCAGGACAUCAACUUUGUCUUCACUGGCUUCUCUGUCUCUGGAACGGUGAGAGGAACUCUUCUUCUUCAAUAAGCCUUGGCCUAGCCCUUGUGGUAAUGGUGCUGGCUAAAAUACAUUUACGUUUUAGUCAUUUAGCAGACGCUCUUAUCCAGAGCGACUUAUUGGAGCAAUUAGGGUUAAGUAUCUUGUUCAAGGGCACAUCGACAGAUUUUUCAUCUAGUCGGCCCGGGGAUUCGAACCAGCGACCUUUCGGUUACUGGCCCAACACGCUUAACCCCUAGACUACUUGCCACCCUCCCAAAGACUCAAUACAUAGCUAUUUACUGACUAAACAGAAUGGCACAGAGAUCUACCACUUUUUAAAAUGGCUGUUUAGUGUUAAUACUUACCAGAUAUACAGUAUGUGCAUUUGAGAAAUAAUUGUUGACUUUUUUUGUGACGUUAAUGUGUUGUGUGUGUGUGUGUCCCUGUCCCAGGUGCUGAGUAAAGGCCAACUCCUGGGCCCAGCUGGGGUGGAGAUCAGCCUGACCAGGGAGGGAACAGGAGAGAAGCUGCAGACUGUGCUCUCUCAGCCUGGAGGAAAGUAAGGGACCACAAACUCUUUUAACAGCAUUACUUUUUAAACUACAAGGCGAUAUAACUUUAUUUGUCCAAUUAUUACAUCAGAAAUAUGUCUCCUGAUCAGCUCUUAACUACCCCUUACAACACAAACAAACCCACACACACUGGCUUUUCUUUUAGUGGUGGCAACUCAAGCCAUUCAUAUACAGUGGGGAAAAAAUGUAUUUAGUCAGCCACCAAUUGUGCAAGUUCUCCCACUUAAAAAGAUGAGAGAGGCCUGUAAUUUUCAUCAUAGGUACACGUCAACUAUGACAGACAAAAUGAGAGAAAAAAAAUCCAGAAAAUCACAUUGUAGGAUUUGUAAUGAAUUUAUUUGCAAAUUAUGGUGGAAAAUAAGUAUUUGGUCAAUAACAAAAGUUUCUCAAUACUUUGUUAUAUACCCUUUGUUGGCAAUGACACAGGUCAAACGUUUUCUGUAAGUCUUCACAAGGUUUUCACACACUGUUGCUGGUAUUUUGGCCCAUUCCUCCAUGCAAAUCUCCUCUAGAGCAGUGAUGUUUUGGGGCUGUCGCUGGGCAACACAGACUUUCAACUCCCUCCAAAGAUUUUCUAUGGGGUUGAGAUCUGGAGACUGGCUAGGCCACUCCAGGACCUUGAAAUGCUUCUUACGAAGCCACUCCUUUGUUGCCGGGCGGUGUGUUUGGGAUCAUUGUCAUGCUGAAAGACCCAGCCACGUUUCAUCUUCAAUGCCCUUGCUGAUGGAAGGAGGUUUUCACUCAAAAUCUCAUGAUACAUGGCCCCAUUCAUUCUUUCCUUUACACGGAUCAGUCGUCCUGGUCCCUUUGCAGAAAAACAGCCCCAAAGCAUGAUGUUUCCACCCCCAUGCUUCACAGUAGGUAUGGUGUUCUUUGGAUGCAACUCAGCAUUCUUUGUUCUCCAAACACGACAAGUUGAGUUUUUACCAAAAAGUUAUAUUUUGGUUUCAUCUGACCAUAUGACAUUCUCCCAAUCCUCUUCUGGAUCAUCCAAAUGCACUCUAGCAAACUUCAGACGGGCCUGGACAUGUACUGGCUUAAGCAGGGGGACACGUCUGGCACUGCAGGAUUUGAGUCCCUGGCGGCGUAGUGUGUUACUGAUGGUAGGCUUUGUUACUUUGGUCCCAGCUCUCUGCAGGUCAUUCACUAGGUCCCCCCGUGUGGUUCUGGGAUUUUUGCUCACCGUUCUUGUGAUCAUUUUGACCCCACGGGGUGAGAUCUUGCGUGGAGCCCCAGAUCGAGGGAGAUUAUCAGUGUCUUCCAUUUCCUAAUAAUUGCUCCCACAGUUGAUUUCUUCAAACCAAGCUGCUUACCUAUUGCAGAUUCAGUCUUCCCAGCCUGGUGCAGGUCUACAAUUUUGUUUCUGGUGUCCUUUGACAGCUCUUUGGUCUUGGCCAUAGUGGAAUUUGGAGUGUGACUGUUUGAGGUUGUGGACAGGUGUCUUUUAUACUGAUAACAAGUUCAAACAGGUGCCAUUAAUACAGGUAACGAGUGGAGGACAGAGGAGCCUCUUAAAGAAGAAGUUACAGGUCUGUGAGAGCCAGAAAUAUUGCUUGUUUGUAGGUGACCAAAUACUUAUUUUCCACCAUAAUUUGCAAAUAAAUUCAUAAAAAAUCCUACAAUGUGAUUUUCUGGAUUUUUUUCUUCUCAAUUUGUCUGUCAUAGUUGACGUGUACCUAUGAUGAAAAUUACAGGCCUCUCAUCUUUUUAAGUGGGAGAACUUGCACAAUUGGUGGCUGACUAAAUACUUUUUUCCCCCACUGUAAAUGCAAAUGUUUAUGUACACAUCCGCUGUUGUUUUGUAUCAGGACAAUAUAAGUGAGGGUGGUACAAGCACUAGGCUUCUAACACAGAAUGUUUUGGGUCAUUUCACAGGUACACCUUCUCCAAAGUACUUCCUGGAAAUUAUGACAUCAUUGCUUCUCAUCCAUCCUGGACUCUGGAGCAGGUGAGUUUCUUUCCGCAUGGCUCAUGAUCUCAAGACAUCUCAAAGUGUAGCUAUAGGCGUUAUUGGCACCAUUUUAGUUGGAUGCAAUUGGAACUCAACAAUCAUAUUGCACAAGUAAUAUAAGCAAGCAAAAUAAGUGAUUAGAGAUAGCGUAAACUAUGCAAAAGAAUUAGAGCAAAAACCUCCAAAUAAUUCACAAUCAUUUUGCAUUGUCUUUCCACAGAGCACUAUGUCAGUGCGUGUGUCCAGUGCCAAUGCGGCGGCUGCAGAACACCUAGUGGUGGGAGGGUAUGAUGUCUCUGGGGAGGUCCGGAGUGAUGGGGAGCCCAUGAAAGAAGUCACCUUCCUCCUCUACUCUGCCACAGUGAAGAAGGAGGUCAAAUAUAUUUGUAUUGAAUUGAAUGGCAAAUCGAAUGAGCAGUGGUUUCCAGCCCCCUGUAUUUCUAUACACAUUGUGGUACACUAUAGUGAUAUUUUAUCCUUAAUGUUGGCUGUCUAUGAAGCUGGGCAUUUUACCUCAUGAUUGGUUGAAUUAUGAUAUAGUAACCCAGACGGAUACAUACCGUUUUUACCCAAAACGGGAAUUUCAAGUUUCAAAUAUAUUUAUGCUUAUCUUACAUGUAUUUCUUGUGUUUCCCAGGACAUCAGGGGCUGUAACACACCCCCAGUGGAGGGAGCCGUGUCUGGAGAUGACUCCUUGGUCUACCUGUGUAGCGCCCUGUCCCGCGAGGACGGCACUUUCUCCUUCCCCUCACUGGCCAGCGGAGAAUACACUGUGGUAAGAUGGCCGCCACAACACAACACACCCGAGUUGUUCACACUGCAUUUAGCCCAUGGCAAAAUAGCCCUGGAAUAAGAAAAUGCUCUGUGAAAAGGCCUUCUGAAGACCACAUAUUUAGCACAUAUCCCUUCCAGUUAAUGUGUGUUGCUGAUAUAGCACAGUUGGUGUUCUUAUGUUGUUUUUAAUGUGUAAAAUGUCCUUGGGAUCUGGAAGGCUCUAUACAAAAAUCUGGAUGGCUCUAUACAAAACUAAUGUAUUAUGUACUUUUUCUGGUUUCUUGUCCUUCACUUUGUUUGACUAUUUUGGACAAAUUUGUCUGUGUUUCAGAUUCCCUUCUACAGGGGAGAGAGGAUCACGUUUGACGUGGCUCCUUCCAGAAUGGACUUCAGGGUGGAGCACAACAGCUUGAAGCUGGAGGUAAGUUUACAGUGCUCCAGCUUCCUGGUUGGCUGUUAAUUAUGGGUUAAAAUCAUACAGCAUUGUCCCUUGUCAUGUGAUAAACAGUGGUUAUGGUACUGUACAUGACCCUGGAGGUGUUGUGUAAAUAAUGAUGUGUUUUGUGUUUCUCUCCGUAGCCCAUCUUCCGUGUCAUGGGUUUCUCUGUGACCGGCAGGGUUCUCAACAGCCUGGAGGGGGAGGGGGUACCUGACGCCACGGUAACCCUCAACAACCAGAUCAAAGGUAACCAUAAUGACAUCAUCCACCACCCCAUUUCCCUUCCAUUAUCUGUGUUCAAAAUCGGAGGAGAAAUAUCAGAGAUGCAUUGUUUGAUUAAUGUGUAGACAGUAUCAGGGCGAUGCUAUGUCCAUUUGCGUUGGGAUUGUUCUUCUGCUGAACCCUUUCUUUCUCCCACGCUCUCCUUCCCCUCUAACAGUUUUGACCAAAGAGGACGGCUCCUACCGCCUGGAGAAUAUGACCACCGGUACCUACACCCUCCGCACGCACAAGGACCUCAUGUUUUUUGUGCCAAUCACGGUGAAGAUAGCUCCCAACACACCUCAACUUCCUGACAUUAUCACUGCUGGGUGAGUUUAGACUUUUGACCUUAGAAGGACUGUGAAAAAGCAUCACCAAUGUGUCCUAUUGUUGCCUCCAUAGGCAAUUCAUACAUCUAUAAUCAUACCAUACAUCUGUCAUAACAGCUACGUAGUUGUUCUGUUGAGGCAUUAUAAAUGCUUAUGUCAUGUUCAUUCCCCUCUCCAGGUUCAGCGUGUGUGGUCAGAUCGCCAUCACCCAUCUGCCAGAGGGCAUGAAGCAGCAGGGGCGUUACAAGGUGACCCUCACUCCUCUUGGACAGGACAACACCGCCACCCGCACAACCGACUCAGACCAGCAGGGGGCCUUUUGCUUCCAGGCCAAACCUGGAGACUACAGUGUUACCGUAUGUUACAGAAAUACAGCUUGUUCUGACAAUGAAAUGAAUUGUCUGUAUUUUGGUAGUAUUGAGCGAAGUUGCUCUUAGGCACUUAUCUAGGAUCAGCUUACCUGCUCUGAAUCAUGUCCCUAUAAGUGUGAAGAAAGCAGACUAAAGUGGCAAUUUCAUCCUACUUCCAGUCCUAUUUAUGUGAGUUCAGCUCUUAUGGAUGUUCCUCUCAAAAUACAACCAAACAGGAUUUUUCCAUUUACCUUGGCUGUACAUAGGCUAAUGUUUCACCCUGUCUUCCAUCCUUCCCUGUAGGUGUCUCUUCCUGAGGUGGAGGUGAAGGCUGGCCUGGCCCUGCAGCCUGCUGCUCUGGAGGUCUCCCUGGUGGACAGGCCCCUCUCCGACCUCCUCUUCACCCAGUUCAUGGCCUCGGUCUCGGGCAAGGUCUACUGUCUGGGUAAGCCUGCCCUGGAGCUCUCUCCCAUUAGGCCUGUUUAGAUGUCAAGUAGGAAUAAUUCAAGGUUAACAAUUACCCCUUGGGGAGAAAUAACUCUUAUUCAACAGGGGAAAGUAGGGGGCACUUUCUGUUGAAUUAAACAGUCAUGGUUAAAAGUGCUUUUCUAUUAGACAGACUGAGUGUGUUUUGAUGCCUAACUGGGUCCUUGACAAACACUGAAAACACAGUCAACCUGAAUACUCUAUUAGUCCUAACAUCCUCGUUAGACAGCCAAUCAUCGACGGUCUCACCACUUUGAAUAACCUUUGACCUCUUGACUCCCAGCGAACUGUGAUGACCUGUCGGUAACCCUGCAGCCGGUGAGUCGUCAGGGGGAGAGGAGGAGCGUGCUCCUCUCAGGGAGCAGUGACACCCUGGAGAUCUCCUUCGACAACGUCCUGCCUGGCAAAUACAAAGGUACAGACCUCCUGGGUCAUGUUCAUUGGGGCAAAAGGUUUUAAAAAAAAUGUGCUACAGAAAACAAAAAUGUCUUAUUGGACAAUACAUUUUUAGUACCUCCUUGUUUCGCUCAGUUUUCUUCCAUUAUGUGCCUACUGAACAAGUAGGUUAUAGUAUGGUCAAUGUUGUAAGUGAAGAAAUCCAUACACUAAAGCCAUGCUGUACUCCAAUCUCUCAGGCUAGGUUAUGUAUUGUCCUUAUGUCAAUAUUGUAGCAAUGUCUGACUUACUGCUCUCCUCCUCCCAGUGAGUAUCUCCCAUGAGGAGUGGUGCUGGAAGCUCAAGUCAGUGGAGUUGGAGGUGCUGGACUCAGACGUGCUGGGAGUUGAGUUCAGACAGAUAGGAUACAUCCUCCGCUGCUCCCUGUCCCACGCCAUCACCCUGGUCAGUAGUAACACAGGGGAGGGCUGUGUGUGUGUCUUUAGGUUUGUUCAUAUGUGUUGUUGUGUGCAUGUGUACUGUAAUGUGUUCCUGUGUGUAUUUAUGUUUGUGCUUGUAAUACAUACACUACACGGCCGAAAGUAUGUGGACACCCCUUCAAAGUAGUGGAUUCGGCUAUUUCAGCCACACCCGUUGCUGACAGGUGUAUAAAAUCGAGCACACAGCCAUGCAAUCUUCAUAGACAAACAUUGGCAGUAGAAUGGCCUUACUGAAGAGUUCAGUGAAUUUCAACGUGGCACCGUCAUAGGAUGCCACCUUUCCAACAAGUCAGUUUGUCAAAUUUCUGCCCUGCUAGAGCUGCCCCGGUCAACGGUAAGUGCUGUUAUUGUAAAGUGGAAACGUCUAGGAGCAACAACGGCUCAGCCGCGAAGUGGUAGGCCACACAAGCUCACAGAACGGGACCGCUGAGUACUGACGCGCAUAGCGCGUAAAAAUCGUCUGUCUGCGGUUGCAACACUCACUACGCUACCUGCCCCAAUGCAUAGUGCCAACUGUAAAGUUUGGUGGAGGAGGAAUAAUGGUCUGGGGCUGAUUUUCAUGGAUCGGGCUAGGCCUCUUAGUUCUAGUGAACGGAAAUGUUAACGCUUCAGUAUACAAAGACAUUCUAGACGAGGUCCAUACAGAAAUGGUUUGUCGAGAUCGGUGCGGAAGAACUUGACUGGCCUGCACAGAGCCCUGACCUCAACCUUAUCGAACACCUUUGGGAUGAAUUGGAACGCUGACUGCGAGCCAGGCCUAAUAGCCCAACAUCAGUGCCCGACCUCACUAAUGCUCGUGGCUGAAUGGAAGCAAGUCCUCGCAGCAAUGUUCCAACAGCUAGUGGAAAGCCUUCCCAGAAGAGUGGAGGCUGUUAUAGCAGCAAAGGGGGACCAACUCCAUAUUAAUGCCCAUGAUUUUGGAAUGAGAUGUUCAAACUUUUGGCCAUGUAGUGUAUAUGCUCUGAUAAGAAGAGUAUGAGUGAAUUGCUGAGCGUUAUGGUUCAUAAAUAGCUCAUAAGUUAUUUAACAUACUCGUGGUUGCUGGUGUGAAGUCUAAAUGAGUGUGUAUGUAUCUUGGCAGGAGUUCUUCCAGGAUGGCAGCAAGCCUGAGAACGUUGGCGUCUAUAACCUCUCCAAGGGGGUCAACCGCUUCUGUCUCUCCAAGCCUGGUAGGAGAAACUCCUCCUCUCCUCUCCUCUCCUCUCCUCUUUUUCUUUACUUCUCUUCUCUUCAAUAUCCUUACUGAAAGAUCUCUCUUUGAAAAAGCAAAUGUAUCUCAGUGGGACUAACCUAGGAUAAUAUAGGUUACCGUUAGGUAAAUGAGUAAAAUAUAUAUGCUUAUUAACCAUCUAACCUUGUCUUUGCCAGGUGUGUACAAAGUGACUCCUCGAUCUUGCCACCAAUUCGAGCAGGACUAUUAUACCUACGACACGUAAGUAUGUUCUAUUGGAUCCAUUUCUAUGUUUUCCUUUAUAUAGCCACACCAAAGUGAAUGACUCUACUUGUCUAAAUGUCUCCUUCAGGUCAGCCCCCACUAUACUGACCCUGACUGCAGUGAGACAUCACAUGACUGGCCUAAUCACCACUGAUAAGAUCCUGGAUGUCACUGUGACCAUCAAGUAAGACCACACCACCUGUUAAGACCUGCUGUCAUUCCACUAUCACUCUACCUUCACUCUACCAUCACUCUACCUUCACUCUACCAUGUCCAAACAACCUGGCACAAUGUGGACUGAUGGCAUUGUCGUUGUUUGUAAGAUGAAUAUUUGAAAUUCUGUGUAAGAUUUUCUGAGCAGUACUGUAUUCAGAAUAUAUGUUGAACUCAAAGGAGUGAAGCUGUGUGCAUAAUUUGAUUCAACCACCUCCUAUUUACAUAGAGCAGUACAGUGUACAUCAUUCAUAAAAAGGUUGGAGUUUUGCAUGCAUAUCCAGAAUUAGGGUUUAAACAUGAAUUACUUGAUUGUUUUCUGAAUAUGACGACUCAAAAAACCUGAUUAUCACUGUGUUCCUCCUGUAGGUCGUUCAUAGUCUGGUCCAGCUCUGGUCCUGCUGUAUAAACCUAAACAAUGUUUGUGUCCUGCAUCAGGUCUUCUAUAGAGUCUGAGCCAGCUCUGGUCCUAGGCCCUCUGAGGAGCCAGGAGGAGCAGAGACAGGAGCAGCAGCUGCAGGAGAUCGAGCUGCGGCGCCAGGAGAGGGAGAGACGUGCCCAAGAGGCUGAGCAUGGUGGAGACAGUCAGCCCCCCGUCCAGGAGAGAGCUGACGAGCUCACCGGACCCUUCCACUACGAGUUUUCUUACUGGGCCAGGGCUGGGGAGAGGAUCACUGUGAUUCCCUCCUCCAAGGAACUGCUCUUUUAUCCGCCGGAGGUCGAGGCUACUAUCACUGGAGGUCAGAGUUCACUUCCUUGUGAUCCUCUUCUUUUGUGUAUGUUAUUGUCUUUGUGUGUGUCUUGUCUGUCUGCAUAUCACUGUGGCUGUGGUGUAAAACCUGUUUUUGUCUGUCUGCAUGGCUGUGUUUAUAUGUGGGGUAACUCUAUUCUCUGGUCCACCCAGCACCCGUCCACAGAGAUCUGUCCAGGCCGUGUGGUGGACAUCACCGGCCAUGCAGCUCUGUCUGUCUGUAGCGGUAGUCUAUAGAACUCUUAUUCUGUCCCAUCCUCACAGAGUCUUGUCCAGGGCGGGUGGUGGACAUCGCAGGGCGUGCUGGUCUGUUCCUGGAGGGCCAGGUGACUCCAGAGCUGCAGGGGGUAGAGAUCUCCAUCACAGAGAGAGGAGCCCAGGCACCCCUCAUCACCGUCGCCACCAACGAGAACGGGGCUUACAGGUAUACCUGACUAUCCCCUAACCGUAACCUCAGUCACUGCUGUGUUAGUCGUGAGGCUAGCAUGGCCUAGUUCCUUGCCCUAGUCAUCAGGUAAAACAUCUUGCAAGCUGGGGUUGCUAGUUUAAAUCAUGCUCUUGUUGUUUUUUAACAAUACAUUUGACCACUUUGCAUUUAAUCUAGCCAAAUGAAAUAUACACCAUGUAACAUAUUUGUUGCUUUAGAUUCGCUUCAGGCAGGUUGUAUCUAGGUGUUUGGUAAAUGCUCCUUGAUUGUGACAUUGUAGGAAACAAACGGUAAUACAAGUCAAUCUGAAUAACUUUCUAUUGGUUGUUUCUCCCUCCCCAGUGUUGGUCCCCUGCACAGUGACCGUCAGUAUGACAUCAGUGCCAGUAAGGAGGGCUUCAUCCUCAGCCCUGUAGAGGGAAACCAGGGAGACUUCAAGGCCUUUGCCCUGGCUGGAGUCACCUUCAAGGUACAGAACACACACACAUGCUACUAGCUAGCUCAAGGGAAAAUAAGCCUUUUAUUAGCAUUUGGCUUAGAGCUAGCUUGUUGUUUAAUUAGUAACAUUAUCCCUCCUCGGUAGGGUGAGGGUUGUUUUAAUAAAUAUUUGAUGAGUCUGCUCUCAGAAUGUAUUGCAAUUCAACAGUGUUCUUUGGAAUUUGUCUUGGUGUCGAACUACAACUUAAAUGUAGUUUUGGCUGCAGCAGGGUUUGAUAUGUAUAGUCUUAUGCAGUGUGUUUAUGUUCAUUGUCAUAUCUCAUAUCUUUCUCUGUGUGUCGUAGAUCAAGUCAGAGGAUGGUCAGGCUCUGUCUGGAGUCCUGCUGUCUCUCAGUGGAGGAUCGUUCCGAUCCAACCUGCUCACCCAGGACACUGGUGUCCUCACCUUCAACAACCUGGUAAGGACCUCAACGUUCUUUACUGAACUCAACACCUACUUCAUAUCUGUAUCCUCCUCCUCCUGAAUGAUUGAUUAGCAAACACACCGGGCUACUAGUUGGAAGUCUAUAUGCUGUGUGAUGUGAACUGGUGCUGUGUGGAUUGGUGCAUCUACACUGCAGGUGCCAUUUAUUGACCACAUCUCUUCUAUUCUUCGUUCUCUCCAUCCCUCCCCUCAGAGCCCAGGUCAGUACUACUUCAAGCCCAUGAUGAAGGAGUUCAGGUUUGAGCCAGCCUCUCAGAUGAUCGCCGUAGACGAGGGACAGAGCCUCAGCAUCGACAUCACCGGAUUCAAAACAGCAUACAGGUACUGGAGACGGGCCUAUCAAAUCAAUCUUUAUCUAUAUAGCACAUUUCAUGCAAAGUGAGUGAAAUCCAAUGAGCGUUGAACUAAAUGAAAAAAUGUACUAAACAAGGCAGAAUGAAGUUCAAUUUCCCCCCCAACCAUCUUUAGCCACUUAUUUUUAUUGUAACAAAUCUUAUUCAGGCAUGUUCUUGCUUACUUACUUGGCAAGGAAGGUACAGUCCCAUCCCCGAAAUGACGGUGUGUGUAAUUAUUUUCCUGUGUCCUAUCAAUCCCCAAAAUGGCUGCCUGUCUGACCAGUUUCCUGAUUUACUGCGUCCUAUCUAGCUGCUACGGGGCUGUUCAGUCCCUGAGUGGGGAUGCUGAGAGGGACGUGUCAGUGGAGGCAGUGGGACAGGCAGAGUGUAGUAUCUACAGUGAGGACACAGUCACUGACGAGGAUGGACGCUUCAGGCUCAGGGGCCUGCUGGUGAGUCAGGGGCCUUUUUGAGGCUUCAUAAGGGCUACAUAAAGCCAUUAUAAAGCCUGUAUACAAGCACAUAAAGUAGUUAUGAAGCCUACAUAGACAACAGAUACAACACAUUUGUAAGAGAUACUUUGUGCGGAAUGGGUCAUAGCAUGCUCACGUUGCGUUUGAUACCCCAAACACUGCUGUGGCAAUUGCUAAUAGUGUGUGUUGCUAACUUUGAGAUUCUCUCACAGCCGGGCUGUAGAUACCUGAUCCAGCUGAGAGCAGAGGGCAAUGAUCACAUUGAAAGAGCCCUGCCUCAGCACCGCUCCAUAGAGGUUGGGAGCACCGACAUCGUGGGAGUCAACAUCAUCGCCUUCAGGCAGAUCAACCAGUUUGACCUGAGUGGGAACAUCAUCACCUCACCAGAACACCUGCCCACUCUCUCUGUAAGAUCCCCUCGUUAAAAUACCCAUAAAAUCACCUCAUAACUACCUAUUUACUUUUAAGUAUCUCAGUCAUAAAACAUUUUCAAUGUUAUUUCUAUGUUAAUUCAUCAUAUUUGUUUGCAAAUGUGUCAUAAGGAACUAAUUCAUAGAUAAAGCCUAAAUAUAGCUGUUAGAUAUCCCAUGUAAUGUUGUGAUGGUAUGAUGCCACUUUGAGCAACACCUUUAUGUGCUCAUACAUAAGAGUUAGAUAGAGGAAGAAUGUCAAUGCUAAAAUGGAUUAUAUCCAUCUAGAGUCCUCUAUCUAUUUCUAUGGCUCCAUAUAAUCUUAUUUUUCCUCCUGUCCCCUGCAGGUGAAGCUUUAUAAGAGUGACAACCUGGACAACCCCAUCAACAGUGUUUCUCUGGGGCAGUCCCUCUUCUUCCACUUCCCGCCUCUGGACAGGGACGGAGAGGUAUGGACCUGCUACAGAAAUGUACUAUCAUUCAGUAUGUAAUGUGGUAUAAGGCUGGCUAGAAAUGAGUGUGUAGCAGAUAGCCAAGGAAGCAUCACUACUGCCUUCCUGAGAGCUGAAGUACUGUUGUACCCAACCCAGAAAUGGCUCUUCUAGGUCAAUAAUAAUAAUAAUAUUAUUAUUAUUUAAAUCAAAUCACAAUUUAUUUAAAUGAUAUUUAACAAAUUCACAAUACACUUUACAGAAAGAAAAAAAUCUAAAUGAUAAUAAUUUACAAAUUUAAAGCAAGAGACAACGGAGAAAUCAAGAACAAAAUUAAUCUGUUACAAUGUAAAACGUAUACAAAUACAUUUUCUCAAGUUAACCUCUACGGGAUCGGUUUCCCGUAUACGGGACGGUUGAGCUAACGUGCAGUAAUGUGAUUAGCAUGACUGUUGUAAGUAACAGCAAACAUUCCAGGACAUAGACAUGUCUUAUAUGGGCAGAAAGCUUAAAUUCUUGUUAAUCUAACUGCACUGUCCAUGCUAUUGUUUGAGGAGAGUGCACAACAACAACAAACUUAUUACGGCAACUGGUUUGAUACAUUCACCUCUGAAGGUAAAUAAUGUUUAAAAAAUGUAGCAUAGUUUUGUUUGAUAAAAUCAAUUUUUAUAUUCAAAUGUAGGAACUGGGUUCUACAGUUUGAACCCCUGCUGUCUCUGGCUCCACAUCCACUCCUCCUGGCCAUCUAGAUGUGUGAACGUCUAUAAGCUUGAUCCAUCAUGUAUGACAUUCCUGGGAGUGUGUAAACUUACAUUUUGUAUUACCAUAUAAUUUAUGUAUGUUCUCUAUAGUUAUGUACUUUAAAAUGUAUCAAUUGACCAAUUCGGCACAUUUGGGCAGACUUGAUACAAAAUAGUCCAGUAUUGCAAUACUUCACUGGAUCAAUCUGAAACUUUGCACAUACACUGCUGCCAUCUAGUGGCCAAAAUCUAAAUUGCGCUUAAACUGCAAUAUUAUAAUGUGGCAUUUCUCUUGCAUUUCGAAGAUGGAACAAAAACAUAUAUAGAAAACGCGUUUUUUUGUUUGUAUAAUCUUUUACAAGAUCUAAUGUGUUAUAUUCUCCUACAUUAAUUUCACAUUUCCACAAACUCAAAGUGUUUCCUUUCAAAUGGUAUCAAGAAUAUGCAUAUCCUUGCUUCAGGUCCUGAGCUACAGGCAGUUAGAUUUAGGUAUGUCAUUUUAGGCAAAAAUUGGGGGGGGAAAGGGUCCGAUUCUUAAGAGGUUAAAUUGUAGUUUUUUCAAGAUAUAACAUUCAAUUGUAAAGGUCUUCUCUCUAUGAAAAUUCAUAAUAUAUUUUUUUCUUAGAGUAAUACCAGCUCAGAUUUCAUCCUGUGUAGAGGUUGAACUCCAUCUAUGCUGUAGAUAAAUGUAUCUAUAGAGAAAUAAAAAGGAAUGUUCAUCAGAGGUUUUUUGCAUAGAAAAGUCUUGGGCGGCCUCCUAAGUGUAUUUUUUGGCCACAUAUGUCCAAAAAAUUAAAAGUAAGUUAUUUUCGGGAUGGAAAAAUAUUUUCAGUGUGAACUUAAAUGACUAACACCAGAUAUUAACUAUGUAGAAAAUAUAAUGGACCUAAACUCAGCAAAAAAAGAAACUGCCUCUCACUGUCAACUGCGUUUAUUUUCAGCAAACUUAACGUGUAAAUAUUUGUAUGAACAUAAGAUUCAACAACUGAGACAUAAACUGAACAAGUUCCACAGACAUGUGACUAACAGAAAUUGAAUAAUGUGUCCCUGAACAAAGGGGGGGGGUCAAAAUAAAAAAUAACAGUCAGUAUCUGGUGUGACCACCAGCUGCAUUAAGUACUGCAGUGCAUCUCCUCCUCAUGGACUGCACCAGAUUUGCCAGUUCUUGCUGUGAGAUGUUACCCCACUCUUCCACCAAGGCACCUGCAAGUUCCCAGACAUUUCUGGGGGGAAUGGCCCUAGCCCUCACCCUCCGAUACAACAGGUCCCAGACGUGCUCAAUGGGAUUGAGAUCCGGGCUCUUCACUGGCCAUGGCAGAACGCUGACAUUCCUGUCUUGCAGAAAAUCACGCACAGAACGAGCAGUAUGGCUGGUGGCAUUUUCAUUUUCAUGUCAGGAUGAGCCUGCAGAAAGGGUACCACAUGAGGGAGGAGGAUGUCUUCCCUGUAACGCACAGCGUUGAGAUUGCCUGCAAUGACAACAAGCUCAGUCCGAUGAUGCUGGGACACACCUCCAAAUUGAUCCCGCUCCGGAGUACAGGCCUCUAUGUAACGCUCAUUCCUUCGACGAUAAACGGGAAUCCGACCAUCACCCCUGGUGAGACAAAACCGCGACUCGUCAGUGAAGAGCACUUUUUUUUUGCCAGUCCUGUCUGGUCCAGCGACGGUGGGUUUGUGCCCAUGGGCGACGUUGUUGCCGGGGAUGUCUGGUGAGGACCUGGCUUAUAACAGGCCUACAAGCCCUCAGUCCAGCCUCUCUCAGCCUAUUGCGGACAGUCUGAGCACUGAUGGAGGGAUUGUGCGUUCCUGGUGUAACUCGGGCAGUUGUUGUUGCCAUCCUGUACCUGUCCCGCAGGUGUUGUUACACGUGGUCUGCCACUGCGAGGAUGAUCAGCUGUCCGUCCUGUCUCCCUGAAGCGCUGUCUUAGGCGUCUCACAGUAUGGACAUUGCAAUUUAUUGCCCUGGCCACAUCUGCAGUCCUCAUGCCUCCUUGCAGCAUGCCUAAGGCACGUUCACGCAGAUGAGCAGGGACCCUGGGUAUCUUUCUUUUGGUGUUUUUCAGAGUCAGUAGAAAGACCUCUUCAGUGUCCUAAGUUUUCAUAACUGUGACCUUAAUUGCCUACCGUCUGUAAACUGUUAGUGUCUUAACGACCGUUCCACAGGUGCAUGUUCAUUAAUUGUUUAUGGUUCAUUGAACAAGCAUGGGAAACACUGUUUAAACCUUUUACAAUGAAGAUCUGUGAAGUUAUUUGAUAGACGGGGUCCUGAUAAAGGGACGUUUCUUUUUUUGCUGAGUUUAUAUAUAUAUUUUUAGAAUAUAAUCUUUGAGAACUAACAAUCACCAAAAUAAAAGCUAGACAGUUGGUGAAAAUCAGGAAUGUCCACCAGAGCUGUUGCCAGAUAAUUUAAUGAUAAUUUCUCUACCAUAAGCCGCCUCCAACAUCAUUUUAGAGAAUUUGUCAGUACAUUCAACUGCCCUCACAACCACAGACCACGUGUAACCACGCCAGCCCAGGACUGACACAUCCGGCUUCUUCACCCGUGGGAUAAUCUGAGACCAGCCACCCGGACAGCUGAUUAAAUUCUGGAGUAUUUCUGUCUGUAAUAGGGGAAAAACUCAUUCUGAUUGGCUGGGCCUGGCUUCCCAGUGUGUGGGCCUGGCUCAGUGUAGUUUAAAGUAUGUGUGUGCGUGCAUGUGUUUGAGAGGGAAGGAAGAAGUAGACAAUGGUGUUAUGGUAUUAAUAAACCACUUUCUCACAAAUCCCUUGGAAUUUCACGCCACACCCGAAGUCAUUCCAUGCGUGUAGAUUAAUAUGUUGUACACCUCCAUACAUCAUAGCACAGUCUUCCUCUCCAACUUCUCAAUCUGGUUUUGACCACCACCAGUACGCUAUGGUCAGUGCUGUGCCGUCAACCCAUUUCCAGGUCCCUUCCGUCUCUCUGUCAGUCAGACCAAUCCAGAUCCAUCGGUCAAAUGUAGUGAGAAAUACCUGUUCCUCUUGGCUGUUUAUGAUCACCAGGUCUGCUUUUCUCGCCAGACAGUCAUGUCUGCUCUCAUUCCAGGAUUUCUGUUCAGUAGUAACAGCUGCAGUAAAACUUCAGCCAUCCUUCGGGACAGGCUUUCGCACAAAGCAAAUUACGAAAGUAGUCUCUCUCCCCCUGUAGGUUGGCUGUAUAAAUGUGGUAGUGGACAGAUGCCGAUGAUCCCAGCCCAGUAGGAGAAAGAACAGCAGGCCCAGACACACUGUAGCAACAACAAAGGGUCUCCUCCCUGAGCUCUCAGAAUCGGAGUGUUCAGGUUGUAUUGUGCUCCCUGGGGUAGCAUCCUCAGUCUUGGUUCUCAAGUCAGGACACGUGUCUGGAGUAGGGCUGUUUAUAGACCUCUUCAUAGGCGUCGGCUCCAUUACCAAACAGGUCCUCUGAGUGUUCAGCUUGUGGUGUGUUCCUUUGGGUCACUGCAUCCUCAGUCUCGUUUCUCAAGUUAGGAGCCAUGUCUGGAGUUUUUCAUAGUAGGGCUGUUCAUAGACAUCGUCAUAGUUGUCGGCGCCAUUAUCUUCAUUGGUAAAAACAGUGGCCCGAGACAUCUCCAUGGUCUACCACUGUCCAGUCUGAGACUUGCUAUUUGAACUGUCAUACCAGGAAGAUAUAUGGAGGGAAGAUGGAGAACAAAGGCUAGCUGUUGACAUCAUUUAAAUGUCAUCUGUGUCAGCCCCAAGCAAUUUCAGGGAGUUUCCCGCUCCUUCCUUUUCACCUUUCUGCAGAUGUGUACCCUCUAUUUACUCCCAAAUAUACACUACAUGACCAAAGGUAUGUGGUCACCUGCUCGUCGAACAACUCAUUUCAAAAUCAUGGGCAUUAAUAUGUAGUUGGUCCCCCCUUUGCUGCUAUAACAGCCACCACUCUUCUGGGAAGGCUUUCCCCUAGAUGUUGGAACAUUGCUGCGUGGACUUGCUUCCAUUCAGCCACAAGCAUUUGUGAGGUCGGCCACUGAUGUUGGGCGAUUAGGCCUGGCUCGCAGUCGGCGUUCCAAUUCAUUCCAAAGGUGUUUGAUGGGUUGAGGUCAGGGCUCUGUGCAGGCCAGUCAAGUUUUUCCACACCAAUCUCAACAAACCAUUUAUGUAUGCAUGGGGGCAUUGUGAUGCUGAAACAGGAAAGGACCUUCCCCAAACUGUUGCCACAAAGUUGGAAGCACAAAGUAAGAUUUCCUUUCACUGGAACUAAGGGACCUAGCCCGAACCAUGAAAAACAGCCCCAGACCAUUAUUCCUCCUCCACCAAACUUUACAGUUGGCACUAUUCAUUGGGGCAGGUAGCGUUCUCCUGGCACCCACCAAACCCAGAUUCGUCCGUUGGACUGCCAGAUGGUGAAGCGUGAUUCAUCACUCCUGAGAACGCGUUUCCACAUGGUGAUCUUAGGCUUGUGUGCGGCUGCUCGGCCAUGGAAACCCAUUUCAUGAAGCUCCCAACAAACAGUUAUUGUGCUGACGUUGCUUCCAGAGGCAGUUUGGAACUCGGUAGUGAGUGUUGCAACGGACGACAGACAAUUUUUACCCGCUGUGCACUUCAGCACUCAGCGGUCCCAUUCUGUGCAGAAAAUUGACUAACUGACUUGUUGGAAAGGUGGCAUUCUGUGACGGUGCCACGUUGAAAGUCACUGAGCUCUUCAGUAAGGCCAUUCUGCUGCCAAUGUUUGUCUAUGGAGAUUGCAUGGCGGUGUGUUUGAUUUUAUACACCUGUCAGCAACAGUGUGGCUGAAAUAGCCGAAUCCACUAAUUUGAAGGGGCGUCCACAUAGCUUUGUAUAUAUGGUGUACAUCAACAUGUUCACGAGGUCCAGGGCUACAAACAUGGGUCAUUAUAAUAUUCAUAACAUUGAUUUGACUCUACAAACUUGCUCUAAGUGGACAUUGAGGGUGGGUAGGCUUGACCAGUAGGAUGAGAUGUAACAGGAACGGCUGGGGCUCUCUUACUCUCUUAAUGAACCUGAUUAGUCGAGAUGUCAAAUACAAAUAAAACGCUUUUUCCAAACCGUCAUGGUGCAGCCGCUCCCCCCUCCCCCAUAGAAAUGAAACUAAUGGGUCAUACAAUAGUGAUGGAAUGAUGCAUUUUGUUGAACCGUCUCUCCAAGUGUAUUGACCAACAGUUACCGAUUUAGUUCUCCCCCCUUCUAACCCCCACGUGAACAUUGGUUGAGAAAUGUCUGAGGAAAAGUUGCAAACAAAGCAGAGCAGAUUUUAAAUGACACAAACAUAUUCAAUUUAGAUUAUUUUUUUAUUUCGUUUCCUUAUUUAUCAUUGAUUUUGUUGCUUUUGGGCUUGCAAUGCUUUUUGAUUCGUUUUUGCUUACAAUAUGUAUUUUUUUCCUCAACUUUUUGGGAGAAAAAAAAAAUACAUUUUACGACAUAGGAAAAAUAACUCACAAUUGAUUUUUAAUCAAAUGUAAUGCCAUAGAUACAGUGGGGGAAAAAGUAUUUAGUCAGCCACCAAUUGUGCAAGUUCUCCCACUUAAAAAGAUGAGAGGCCUGUAAUUUUCAUCAUAGGUACACGUCAACUAUGACAGACAAAUUGAGAUUUUUUUUCCAGAAAAUCACAUUGUAGGAUUUUUAAUGAAUUUAUUUGCAAAUUAUGGUGGAAAAUAAGUAUUUGGUCACCUACAAACAAGCAAGAUUUCUGGCUCUCACAGACCUGUAACUUCUUCUUUAAGAGGCUCCUCUGUCCUCCACUCGUUACCUGUAUUAAUGGCACCUGUUUGAACUUGUUAUCAGUAUAAAAGACACCUGUCCACAACCUCAAACAGUCACACUCCAAACUCCACUAUGGCCAAGACCAAAGAGCUGUCAAAGGACACCAGAAGCAAAAUUGUAGACCUGCACCAGGCUGGGAAGACUGAAUCUGCAAUAGGUAAGCAGCUUGGUUUGAAGAAAUCAACUGUGGGAGCAAUUAUUAGGAAAUGGAAGACAUACAAGACCACUGAUACUCCUGAGUGGCGCAGUGGUCUAAGGCACUGCAUCGCAGUGCUAACUGUGCCACUAGAGAUCCUGGUUCGAAUCCAGGCUCUGUCGCAGCCGGCCGCGACCGGGAGACUCAUGGGCGGCGCACAAUUGGCCCAGCGUCGUCCAGGGUAGGGGAGGGAAUGGCCGGCAGGGAUGUAGCUCAGUUGAUAGAGCAUGGCGUUUGCAAUGCCAGGGUUGUGGGUUCGAUUCCCACGGGGGGCCAGUAUAAUAAAAUAUGUAUUCACUAACUGUAAGUCGCUCUGGAUAAGAGCGUCUGCUAAAUGACUAAAAUGUAAAUGUAAAUAAUCUCCCUCGAUCUGGGUCAAAAUGAUCACAAGAACGGUGAGCAAAAAUCCCAGAACCACACGGGGGGACCUAGUGAAUGACCUGCAGAGAGCUGGGACCAAAGUAACAAAGCCUACCAUCAGUAACACACUACGCCGCCAGGGACUCAAAUCCUGCCGUGCGAGACGUGUCCCCCUGCUUAAGCCAGUACCUGUCCAGGCCCGUCUGAAGUUUGCUAGAGUGCAUUUGGAUGAUCCAGAAGAGGAUUGGGAGAAUGUCAUAUGGUCAGAUGAAACCAAAAUAGAACUUUUUGGUAAAAACUCAACUCGUCGUGUUUGGAGGACAAAGAAUGCUGAGUUGCAUCCAAAGAACACCAUACCUACUGUGAGGCUGUUUUUCUGCAAAGGGACCAGGACGACUGAUCCGUGUAAAGGAAAGAAUGAAUGGGGCCAUGUAUCGUGAGAUUUUGAGUGAAAACCUCCUUCCAUCAGCAAGGGCAUUGAAGAUGAAACGUGGCUGGGUCUUUCAGCAUGACAAUGAUCCCAAACACACCGCCCGGGCAACGAAGGAGUGGCUUCGUAAGAAGCAUUUCAAGGUCCUGGAGUGGCCUAGCCAGUCUCCAGAUCUCAACCCCAUAGAAAAUCUUUGGAGGGAGUUGAAAGUCAGUGUUGCCCAGCGACAGCUCCAAAACAUCACUGCUCUAGAGGAGAUCUGCAUGGAGGAAUGGGCCAAAAUACCAGCAACAGUGUGUGAAAACCUUGUGAAGACUUACAGAAAACGUUUGACCUGUGUCAUUGCCAACAAAGGGUAUAUAACAAAGUAUUGAGAAACUUUUGUUAUUGACCAAAUACUUAUUUUCCACCAUAAUUUGCAAAUAAAUUCAUUAAAAAUCCUACAAUGUGAUUUUCUGGAUUUUUUUCCCUCAUUUUGAAUGUCAUAGUUGACGUGUACCUAUGAUGAAAAUUACAGGCCUCUCUCAUCUUUUUAAGUGGGAGAACUUGCACAAUUGGUGGCUGACUAAAUACUUUUUUCCCCACUGUAUGUAACCUGAAAACGUGCUGUUAUUGGCAGAGAGGUUUGAAACUCUAUUUGUUAUUGGUCCAUUAACUUAAACUUCACCCAUGCAAAACCUGCUGAUUAGAAUGUCCUGUGUAAAUUUUAUUUUUCACCAUCAACUAUCAGGAAAUUACACUGCUCACAUUUGUCACACUUUUACAGUGUUUGUUUCAUCAGCUGUUGUAAAAUAUGAUACAAAACACAGGAAAAACUGAAUUUUGACUGCACUGAUAAUAGAAAGUAGUAUAGGUUCAUCCAGCGAUUCUGGGUCAGUAGUAUUAACAGAGCUUUGCAGAGUACGUUGUCAUCACCAUAAUUCUACUGUUUUUGUGUCAUCUCCCCCAAUACAGAGCUAUGUGUUGAUGCUGUACUCCACACUGUCUCGCUCCCAGUACGACUUCUCUCUGCCACAAGUCUCCUUCACCUCUACAGGCUACCACAAGCACAUCACUUUGACCUUCAACCCCAAUGUAAGUACACAGUACCUACUCUGCCAGGGCUGAAUGCUCCGGAUAGUUGUCCGCAGCCACAGAUCUAAGAUCAGCUUAUCCUGUCCACAUUCUGACCUUAUCCAUUAUGUGGGAAAGCACAAAAACUAUUUUAGAUCAGCUUCUACAGGCAACUUCAUCCUACUUCGGAAAUAACUGUCAUGUAAUAUAUUUACAAUAUUCUCAUUACAGUGAUAAAAAAAAAAAAAAAUGCCUCUUGUGUGUGUCUUCUGAAUAUUGAAUGAGAACCAAAUUUGAUGUUCUUCAUCACAGCGUAAAGUGCCUGACCAGGACGUAGCCCAGGGUUCGUACAUAGCUCUACCCCUCACUCUACUGCUCCUGCUGGCAGCCUACAACCAUGAGAAGGUACACUGCCUCAACUCCUAUUGCAUAGCCAUGUAUCAUUAUUCCAAUGUACUGUAAUUGAGUGGUCUGGUAAAUGUUCAAGCAGAUGACCUAUUGCCUCUGUAUUAUGGGAUAAGUGCUCAAGUAUACAGACUUUUUAUUGAAAAAAACAACAUUCUAUUGGUCUCUGGGAUCUUCUUAGCAUUUUAGUACACAGAAGACAAUCGAAAGUGGCAUCUCAUCCUUCAAUGCCCUAUCUCUCCUCAGGUGAUCCCCCUGCUGCUGCAGCUGGUGAGCCGUCUCCAGGGGGUGCGUAGCCUGAGCCAGGCCAGUGGGGACAACACUGCCCUGGAUGAGGCCAAACGCCAGGCCAAGAGACAGAAGACCCGACGCACAUGAUCCACAGACCUAACUUCUAGCAUGUAAACUACCCCAACAGGAACCACAGACAUACUGUGUCUGAAAUGGCACCCUGUUCCAUAUAUAGUG